AUGGAAGAAGCCUCACGACAACGAAAAGAACGACUGGAAGCGUUGAGGAAACGAAAGUUGGCUUCCGAAGAAGUAGGUGGAACGGAUAAUGAAAAAAAACCGGCUCUAAAAUUUCGAAAUUAUACACCGAUAAAUGAGGAAAUAAUAAAUGCAGCGGCUAAAAUUCACAUAACAACCCCCGAUGAUCUGAGCGAGACAUUGGAGAAACAGGCGGUUAAAAUUACGAAAGAAGUUGAGGCUGUUGAAGAAGCUAAACGUGCGGAAGAAGUGGAUUUAUUCAACUUGGCGCCAAAGAAACCAAAUUGGGAUCUCAAACGGGAUGUAGAAAAGAAAUUGGCAAAACUUGAAAGAAAGACACAAGCUAGUGUCGCAAAGUUGAUAAGAAUCAGACUUCAGAAUGCGUUAGCGGAUGAGGCUACUGUGGAUUUGGUCGAUGCUGUAGAUGCACAACAGAAAGCUGAUUCUGGAGAUGAUGAUUCUGACUAA